CCCAGGACCCUACAUUCACUAUAUCUGGUCUCCCACAGACCCUGCAUUCACUAUAUCUGGCUGCCCACAUACGCAUGCAUUCACUAUAUCUGGUCUCCCCGGACCCUGCAUUCACUAUACCUGGUCUCCCCGGACCCUGCAUUCACUAUACCUGGUCUCCCCAGGCCCUGCAUUCACUAUAUCUGGUCUCCCCGGACCCUGCAUUCACUAUACCUGGUCUCCCCGGACCCUGCAUUCACUAUACCUGGUCUCCCCUGACCCUGCAUUCACUAUAUCUGGUCUCCCCGGACCCUGCAUUCACUAUACCUGGUCUUCCCGGACCCUGCAUUCACUAUAUCCGGUCUCCCCGGACCCUGCAUUCACUAUACCUGGUCUCUCCGGACCCUGCAUUCACUAUACCUGGUCUCCCCGGACCCUGCAUUCACUAUAUCUGGUCUCCGCGGACCCUGCAUUCACUAUAUCUGGUCUCCCCGGACCCUGCAUUCACUAUA